UAGUGGGUGAAUAGGCUACAGUGGCAGUUUAGGUGCUGAGUGGUGGAGAGUGAGGACACCCCACAGUCUUGUCUAUGGUGUUCCACGAGUUACAUUAAGAUUCCUGUUCUCGCUUAUGUUUUCAGAGAGGUCGAUACUGGUGUUUCUAGUGUGUUAAAUUUGAGCGAUAUGGGGGUUAUUAGGUCCUCAUCUGCUGCGGCACUUGUGUUGUUAACUAUGAUGGUUGCAACCCUGGUGUCAUCUGAAACGAUAAAUGGCGACCUCAGCCGUCUUCUAAGAUCAGGGAGGCGCUGUAAGAACCCUGAAGAAUGCUGUAGAUACGAACGACUGACUCCAGAGUUUGAUCAGUGCUGUAUGGACCACGGCUGCUGCCCUAUGACCUGUGAUGACUAUGAAAUCGGAACCUCGGUCAGUUCGGACUGUAGUAAAGCUUGGUCAUGUUGUCGCUUCUGGCCUCAAUCGGAUGAGUUUAAAGCUUGUUGCGGAGAGCAUGGCUGUCGUCCCAAGUGUGAUAAGGUCUCCAAAGGCUGCUGCUACAACGGUAUGAUGUACAUGUUUGGGAGCCUCGUGGAAGACUUCCCUAUGGAGUGUAUCCAGCUAGUGUGCGCUGUCCAGUUAUCUCCCGUAAAGCCCUUCUUCAGUGCCAUCAUCGUCCCUGUUGCCUCGCCACUCUCCCACACGUGUUAUGAACGUGUACCGUGCCAUGGGACCCUCAACUGUGUGGACCAUACGGGUCUGGUUCGGGCCGAGGGAGAUGGCUGGUACACGGACCAGUGUCACUACUGUUCAUGCAGAGAUGGCCACGUGGAAUGUGUUGCUACUCCUUGUCUUCCUCCUCCACACAGUCACUGUACUCCAGUUCCUGGAGACUGCUGCCCAGAGUGGAACUGUUCGGCUGGCUGUGAGGAUGCAGCUGGUGUCUUCCAUGCCAUAGGCGAGAGAUGGCCUACGGACGACCUCUGCAUCACCUCGGUGUGCACCAUGGAAGGCACCGUCCUGGAACAAGCUGUGUGCACACAAGCAGAGCCAGCCCAUGCUGAUUGUUUUCAAUAUAUACCUCUGCACGAGUGCUGCCCCAAGUGGAAUUGCAGUGGUUGCACAGAUUCCAACGGAACGUAUCAUUCCUUGCACGAGGAGUGGAAGACUGACCCUUGUAUCACUCUAAACUGCACUAAGACUGGUAUCAAGACGAAGAGGUUGAGGUGUCCAGAGGUGCCUGCACCUCAUCCCAGCUGUCAGAAGUCUAGUCUUCCAGGAAAGUGCUGUCCAGGGUGGACGUGCAGGGGAUGUUUUGAUACGAACGGAACCUUCUACGAGCUGGGAAGAGAAUGGUCCACGGGUGAUCCUUGUAUAAUUCUUGUGUGCUCGGCCAGAGGAAUAGUGAAGAAGGCUGUGACGUGUGAAGACGUCCCGGCGCCUUAUCCAACAUGCUUUAAAUAUAAACCUUUCGGCGAGUGCUGUUACAAGUGGAAUUGUAGCGGGUGUCUGGAUAACGGAACGUAUCGGUUUGUGACUGAGGUAUGGCAGAGAGACGCCUGCACCACACACGUCUGCACAACCGAUGGUAUCAGAACUACACUGAAAAACUGUUCCCUGGGUCCUGCUCCUCACUCAAGUUGCCAGAAAUAUACUCCUCCUGGAGACUGCUGUCCUCGGUGGAAGUGCAGCGGUUGUGUAGACGAGGCUGGCAGUUACCACCCCAUGAAUGAUGCGUGGAAGACUGACCCCUGUACUACACACACCUGUACUAACAACGGAAUACAGACUACGAAAGAAGACUGUAACCCAGGUCACAAACCUUACCCCAUAUGUCAAGCGUUCAUUCCUAAGGGAGAGUGCUGUUCUAAAUGGAAUUGCAGUGGGUGUAUUGACAAGUCUAGAGUGUAUCAUAAACUGCAAGAACGGUGGAAUACGAGCCGGUGCAUUGCUCAUGAAUGCACAUUACAAGGGAUACGAACGACAGUGGUGAAAUGUACCGACAAGCCCCAUCCUAACUGCAUUGAAGUUCCGCUAAUGACGGAAUGCUGUCCUAAAUGGAAGUGUGGACCCGACUGCCGGCUGGUGAAGUGCGGAGGACCACCGGAUACAGACUGUAAUUCCACUACAGUUCCUCUAGCGUGCUGUCCAACGUGGAAUUGCAGUGGGUGCUACGAUGAAGUAGGCGUGUACCACAGGUUAGGGAGCGUGUGGUCAAACCCCUGCAGGACGUCACUGUGUACGAAGGCUGGCAUAAGGAUUACUCAAGACAUCUGCAGCAAGAUUCCUCGUCCUCACCCGAGCUGUGUGGAAUACACGCCAGUAGGAGACUGCUGUCCAAAAUGGAACUGCAGUGGAUGUGUUGACGAUUACGGGACCCUUCAUCUUCUGGGUCAAAACUGGAAGACUGAUCCCUGUACCACUCAUGCCUGUACUGCUACUGGAAUACAGACUAAGAAAACGGUCUGUAACCUGGGUCCGGCACCUUACGUAAACUGUAACCAACAAAUUGGCGAAGGAGAGUGCUGUCCGAAAUGGAGAUGUCGAAUUUGUGUAGACAAGCAAGGCAAUGACCGUGAAGAGGGAGAGACUUGGAGAGAUUCCCAGGACCCGUGUUUGACCUGUGCCUGCAAGCAAGGCAACUCUACCUGUGCCAUUCUCAAGUGUCCUCCACCCCCACCUUGGCCCUGUAAUACUCCGCCUCUGGCAGGCCAGUGCUGUCCUAUCUACUGCAACAACCCACUUGGUGGGCCGACCGUCUCGCCUGCUGGGUUGGAAGACUGUGUGGACAAGUACAACAAAAGUCACAAGCCUGGGGACAAGUGGCUGGAUCCAUCGAACUCUUGUAUAGAAUACCGGUGUGGCAAACUGGGCUUUAUACAGAGUCAAAGGAACUGUUAAUAUUGGCAUAACUGCACAUUUAUGAAGGCAUUCUUGUUGCUUUUCGAUAAAUUUAAUUUAGGUCAUGAUUUUUCUUGCUGAAAGUCACAUUAAAUGUUUAAAUUUGACUAGCUUCCUGAACAUGGCUCUUGUAUUGCCAUUGUUGUUCUACUAUACUUGUAUCUUAAGUUCUAUAAAUACUUUUGCCA